UGAGCUCUUUUACUAUACCCGCCAACAUGGGCCGCGUCCGCACCAAAACCGUGAAGAAGGCGGCCCGGGUCAUCAUUGAGAAGUACUACACGCGCCUGGGCAACGACUUCCACACCAACAAGCGCGUGUGCGAGGAGAUCGCCAUCAUCCCCAGCAAGAAGCUCCGCAACAAGAUCGCAGGCUAUGUCACACACCUGAUGAAGCGGAUUCAGAGGGGCCCGGUGCGAGGCAUCUCCAUCAAGCUGCAGGAGGAGGAGAGAGAAAGGAGGGAUAAUUACGUGCCCGAGGUCUCAGCCCUGGAUCAGGAGAUCAUUGAAGUAGACCCUGACACUAAGGAAAUGUUGAAACUCUUGGACUUUGGCAGUCUGUCCAACCUGCAGGUCACUCAGCCUACAGUUGGGAUGAAUUUCAAAACACCACGUGGAGCCGUUUGAAUCUUUCUGCUGUGCUGUAAUAUCUUCAAUAAACCUUGGACAACAA